AAGAAAGCUCACAGUUGAGUUGCGGAGUUGGCGCCGUGUGUAUAAAUAUUCUGGUCAAAUUCUGCAUCAUCAUCAGUACAGCUUCAGCAACUCAGCAGAACAAAUCAACCCAACUUCAAGAUGUUCAAGAUCUUCGCCCUGGUUGCCUGCAUGGCCGUCAUCGCCGCUGCCUACGAGGACGCCCACCCCAAGUACAAGUACGAGUACGGAGUAAAGGACUCCAAGACCCACGACCACAAGAGCCAGUGGGAGAGUCGCGAUGGAGAUGUCGUCAAGGGACAGUACACCCUGGAUGAGGCCGAUGGAACUCACCGCGUGGUGGACUACGCCUCGGACCACAAGGCUGGAUUCCAGGCCCAUGUCCAGCGUAUGGGACACGCCGCCCACCCCCACGGAGAGAGCUACGCCAACAUUGACCAGCACCAUAAGCAGUUCGUCGGAAUAAUGCUAUUGUAUAAAUUAGCGUUCCGCUGCGCCAACAAAUCACAGUUCUCAUCUAGGCUUUCAAUCAAGUGGAUCAAAUACAGUUCCUCAACCAUGUUUAAGUUUGUCCUGGUUCUUGCCCUGGCGGUGGCCGUUUCCGCUCAGUGGGAAGGUGGCUUCGAGGGAGGCUACGGAGGUGAGCACAAGGAUUACCACCAUUCUCACCCCAAGUACAAGUUCGAGUAUGGCGUGAAGGAUCACAAGACCGGAGACCACAAGAGCCAGUGGGAGUCCCGGGAUGGGGAUGUCGUCAAGGGUGCUUACACGCUGCACGAGGCCGAUGGAACCAAACGCAUUGUGGAGUACUCGUCCGAUAAGCACAACGGAUUCCAGGCCCAUGUCAAGCGGGUCGGACAUGCCCAUCACCCGCAGGUUUACGGACACCACGAGGGAGGUCACUACGGUGGAGAGUCGUCGUCCUUCGGAGGGUUCGGCAACGGUGGAUAUGGCCAUGGGCACGGACAUGCCAGCAGCUACGCCAACAACAACUUGUACUCCCACCAUCAUUAAAGUGUCACCGGAUGAUCUCUUGAUAGUUUAAUGCUUCUGAAUCUAUCGCUCCGUCCUCAGCUUUUCUUUGUAAAUAUGUUUGUUUUUAUUUUCCU